AUAACCUAAAUCAUUUGUUAGGUUCAUGUAAACGAUAGGUGGCGGUAUCAUCAUCAUCACGAAUGUGUUAUUUUCUGGGCGUCGGCGCGGUUGCUUGCUCACUGAUUCCAACAUCCGAGCGCUGGGAGUACUUAUCUGACGGCCGAAGAAAGUUAUCGACUAAGUUGACACAAUGUCUACACCAUACAAGGGCCAGGAUUAUCAGAAGCUGAAGAAAGAAUGCUUGAGAUCGGGAAAGUUGUUUGAAGAUGAUGAGUUUCCAGCAAUUGAGAAGAAUUUGUUUUUCAGCCAACGUCCACCAAGACCAUUUGAGUGGAAACGACCCCAUGAGAUCGUUGAUAAUCCAGCCUUCUUUGUAGGAGGAGCGAGUCGAUUUGAUAUUGAGCAGGGUAUGCUUGGUGAUUGUUGGUUCCUGGCUGCAGUGGCAUCGCUCUCCCUCAACCAGAAUCUCCAUCAUCGGGUCUGUCCCCCAGAUCAAUCUUUCAGCAAGGAUUAUGCCGGGAUCUUUCACUUCCAGUUUUGGCAGUAUGGUGAUUGGGUUGACAUUGUUGUUGAUGAUCGUCUACCAACCUACAAUGGAGAGCUUGUGUUUGUCCAUUCUAAGGAGAAAAAUGAGUUCUGGAGUGCACUUAUGGAAAAAGCUUAUGCUAAACUCAAUGGUUCUUAUGAAGCAUUGAAGGGUGGCAACGUCGUUGAGGCAAUGGCUGACUUCACUGGUGGUGUUGCAGAAGCAAUUGAUCUCCGUGAGAAGACUCCUAAAAAGCUGUUCAAGACGAUGAUGUCUGCCUUCAAACGAAGCUCACAAAUGGGAUGUUCCAUUGAGGCUGUGCCUGGACAGACUGAAGCCAAGCAGGCAAAUGGCUUGAUUUGUGGCCAUGCUUAUACAAUUACGGCUGUAACUAAGGUUAAACUUAAAACACACAGAGGAGAGGGAGAUGUUCGUCUGGUGAGGGUUCGUAAUCCGUGGGGACAAUCUGAAUGGAAUGGCCCUUGGAGUGAUGAGUCCAGAGAAUGGUCCAUGGUGUCUGCAAGCGAAAAGAAAAGUCUUGGCCUUGAAACAGAAGAUGAUGGCGAAUUUUGGAUGGAAUUCCGUGACUUCACUCGGGAAUUCAUGCGACUAGACAUCUGUAACCUUCCACCAGGAGACGUAAAAAGCAAGAAACGUUACGAUGUGAAUGCAACUCACGGACGUUGGCAGAAGAACUGCACUGCAGGAGGAUGCAGGAACUUCCCAGACACUUUCUGGAUCAAUCCACAAGUCCGGCUGAGUUUGGAAGAGGAGGAUGGAAGUGAUGAUGAGGAUGACGAAGACGAAGAACCUGGCACAGUCAAGUUAGAAGGAGGAUCAACAUUUAUCGUUAGCCUAAUGCAGAAAAAUCGCCGCAAGCAGAAGAGAAUGGGCAUCGAUAACCUAACCAUUGGCUUUUCCAUCUACGAGUUAAAGAACAAAGAUAAGAAAUUGUCAACUUUGCCAAAGGAGUACUUUUUGUAUAAUGCGUCAAAAGCACGUUCAAACACCUUCAUCAACACGAGAGAGAUCUGCGGACGUUUCACACUCCCGAAAGGUGAAUACUGCAUCAUUCCAUCAACAUUCAACGCAAAUGAGGAAGGCGACUUUGUUUUGAGGAUCUACAGUUUGAAAAAGUCACAGGCAAAAGAACAUGAUGAAGAAACAGGUGUUGUUGAACUUCCCAAAGAGGCUAAGCAGCCAACUGACACGACCCAGAGGCCAACUUUGACCCCCGAGCAGCAAGCCGCUUUCGGUGCUCAAGAGGAGAAGUUCCGUGAAUUCUUUCAGAAGCUUACUGGUGAUGACAUGGAAGUUGAUUCAUGGGAACUUCAAGAAAUUUUGAAUGCUGCACUCAGGAAAGAUAUCAGGAAUGAACUUCACGGGUCCUCAGGAUUCACCCUCGAGUCCUGCAAGAGUAUGGUUGCACUUAACGAUCUUGAUCGUUCAGGAAAGCUGGGAUUUAAUGAAUUCAAGACUUUGUGGAGAGAUAUCACACGCUGGAAGGGUGUCUUCAAGAAAUUUGACCGUGACAACAGUGGAACUUUUAACGCCUAUGAGUUGCGUAUGGCUCUUCGUAGUGUUGGUUACACUCUGAGUGCAAAGACAUUUAGUGCAUUGGUAUUGAGGUACGGGGGUAAGGAAGGCACCAUUGACUUUGACGACUUCAUUCAGUGCACCAUCAAACUGAAGAAUAUGUUUGAAACAUUCAAUAAUCACUCACAGAAUGGCAAAGAGUCAUCCUUCAAGUUAGAUGAGUUUCUUCAGAUGUCAAUGUAUUCGUAAACAUCCAGUUGGACACCAGUGGCUAAUUAAAGUUAAUUAGUAAAGAAUUGAUUGAUUCAGUCUGAAUUAGCUUGUAUUUUCACAUUUUAGCUGUAUAGAUUAAGAUUAUAUCAAAAGACUCUCUAAAUACAUUUAGAAUUUAUAUCAAUUUCUAAGAAAAUUUAAAAUCAUCAAAAUACUAAUUAAUUUUUUUUUUUUCAAAUUAAAAAAAAAAAAUUUGAAUCUCGGUGGUGGACAGGAUAGAAACGUUUGACAAGGUCAUUGACCUUCAGUGACCCAAACAGGUAAUCAUGAUAUUGAAGACAUUAUUAAUAGUUUUUUAGGUGCUUUAUUUUAGUAAACAUGUAAGUGGAUAAUAUGAUAGUUUAUUAAUAAAUGAUUAUGAUACCGUAUUAAUAGUGUUUUGGUAUUGAAAUAGCAUUAAAACAUUUUUCAGGUUUCUUAGCAUGUAACAGGGUGAAAUACUGAGAGAAUCUAUGUUAUCCAAAACAAAUUUAAUAAUCUACUAUAAUAAUAAUCAUCAUUGCUUAGUCUAACUGCUAUUAUUAAAUAUAAUCAUCAUAAAUUAUAAUAACAACUUAUGGUAUAUACAUUUUAAAAUACAAUUCUAAAUAAAUAUGUUCCUAUGUAGUUUAGAUAUAGUAAUAUGUUUUGCAGUGUUGUUUUGCCUAACAUUACAUUACAAAGUAUUUAAGCCAGUGAAGCAUUUAAGAACAGAUUAUUUUAUCAUUCUGCUGCCCUCUAUUGACAAAUAAAAUAAAAAAUAUGGACAAUAUUUACUAUCAAUUUGAACUUAUUUUACUUAUUCUUUUUAAAGUAUAACCUUGAUAUUUAUUAGAAUUUUAGAGUUCACUUUAGAGUUUAGAUGAGUUUUAUUUAAAAUUUGACAAAAGAAACGUUUCUUCUCAACUUGGGAUCCUCUACUAAUCAGCAUUAACUUACAAACUGAGAAGUAGAAUGUUUUCUGUAAAAUUGAGUAUUGACAAAUUAACUUUGAAUUAUUAUAAAAGUAUUUGUGUAGAACUUACUACUUAUUUUGUAAUUCCUUUAAAAUAAAGCCUGCGUGAAUAAAUAUGGAGUCAUCUCAGAUGCCCUUUGGUUUCAAUUUGGUGCUUGUAUUAAAAGAAUGAUAA